CACUUGCCACUUCCCUUCCAAGAGAGAGAUAGUGUGUUGAGCUGUGUGCUAGAGAGAGAUAGUGCUGGGCAGCGACGCGGUUCUUGGUUCCAGAGAGGGAGAUGUCCAAGAUGGCGGAGGAGAAGGCGGUGGCCGGAGGAGCCAGCGCGGCAGACGCGCAGCAUGAGCAGCAGCUGGCAGAGGGGGCGGCUGCGUCGGCGCGGGUGAGGCCCGUGGAGACGCUGCUCCGCGCGGCGCCGCUGGGGCUGUGCGUGGCCGCCAUGGUCGUCAUGCUCCGCGACCAGCAGAGCAACGAGUACGGCAGCGUCUCCUACUCCGACCUGGGCGGGUUCAAGUACCUGGUCUACGCCAACGGGCUCUGCGCCGCCUACUCGCUCGUCUCCGCUUUCUACACCGCCGUGCCGAGGCCCGCCACGGUUUCCAGAUCCUGGGUCGUCUUCCUCCUCGACCAGGUGUUCACGUACCUGAUCCUGGCAGCGGGCGCGGCAUCAGCGGAGCUGCUAUACCUGGCGUACCACGGCGACAAGGAGGUGACGUGGAGCGAGGCGUGCGGCGCGUUCGGCAGCUUCUGCCGCCAGGCGCGCACCUCCGUGGCCAUCACCUUCGGCUCCGUGCUCUGCUACAUCCUCCUCUCCCUCAUCUCAUCCUACCGCCUCUUCAGCGCCUACGAGGCGCCCGUGCCGUCGUCCAUGGGCAACAAGGGCGUCGAGAUCGCCGCCUACCCGCGCUGAAGCCACCUCGUUGCUGGCAACCGGAGGCUGCCGUGCAUCCUCCAGCGGGCACAGAAAUGAAGCGUGGGCGGGUGUUUGGCGGCUCAAUUGCUGCGUUUCCAUUAUGUGUAGGCGAUCAAGUAAUAAGUGGUGGUUUAUAUAUAUACUUUAAUACUACUAGUUUCCUGAUGCAUAUUAGUACAGUGAUGCUGCUACAUUAAGUUUGAGUUGAUUAUAUAGUUUGCCUCUUCUGUGUGAUUGAUGAAUUGAUCCUCUGUGGUUACAAGUUUCUUUUCAGGCAA